CAUCCCACAUGAGCCGCGUUUGACGCUUUCCCAUGUGUGUAAUUGACAAGUCUUUUUUUUGUUUGGCCGAAAGGUUAAUACACAAAACUUUUUUUCAAUUUUACAGGCACACUUGGCUUCCAACCAAUCCUUCCCUUCUUUCUCUCUUCCUAAUCUUUCUCUUUAAUUUAUCAUUUUCGUCUCAGAAUUUUCUUCCUUUCUUCAAACGACGUCGUUCUAGUCAAUGAUCAUCUCUCUUCAUUUUUUCGAUUCAGUAGUCUAGGGUUUUGAUACGAUUUUUUCCGAGCUCAAAUUAUCCAUGGAUGGUGGUGGUGGUGGUGGUAAUUACAGCUCAGGGAUGUACGCACCAUGUGUACAAGCACAUAGUCAAAGGCUCGAUGAAGGUACAGCAAUAUCUAAGUCGGAACAGUGUAGUUCCGUACAUUAUAUGGAUGGUUCUCAGCUGGUCGGAGUUCCGUCUUCGGUCGCCGGAGGUGAGCCGGCUACGGCAGCUGUAGAUGUAAGGAGUUCAGCUGCAAACGUGAUCGACGGAAUCGAUAACCGGAAGCGAGGGAGGCCACCUCGUAACCUGAUGGUGAAACCUCCGCAGCCAAAGAAACCGCGAGUAGAGGAUGAAGACGUUUGCUUCAUAUGCUUUGAUGGUGGUUCACUUGUUCUUUGCGAUCGCAAGGGGUGUCCAAAGGCAUAUCAUCCAGCUUGUAUUAAGCGGGAUGAGGCAUUUUUUCGCUCCAAGGCUAAAUGGAACUGCGGUUGGCAUAUUUGUAGUGUGUGUCAAAAAGCUUCCCACUACCUGUGUUAUACUUGUACCUAUUCACUGUGCAAGGCAUGCACAAAAAAUGCUGAUUACUUGUGUGUUAGAGGAAACAAAGGCUUUUGCUCGACGUGCAUGAAAACUAUCAUGCUGAUUGAGAACAAAGACCAAGCAGAUAAGGAAAUGGUUCAGGUAGAUUUUGAUGACAAAACUAGCUGGGAGUAUCUCUUCAAGGUGUAUUGGGUAAUCCUGAAGGAAAAUCUAUCAUUAACACUUGAUGAACUUCUUCAAGCUAAAAAUCCGUGGAAAGAAUCAAAUGCAGUACAUGGUAAGCGGCCGCUACUGCCAGGUCAUUAUGUUGCAAAUGAUGGCAAAGGUAUUGCAGGCAAGUCAUUUGACCAUUUAGAGCUGAAGAAACCCUUAGAGCUGUUAGAGCUAUCUAAACAGGAUCCUCCAACCACUGAAAGCCGAACAAAUACAGAGUCUAAUAACCUGAGCAUUUUCAGUUCUUCUCCUCAGCCAGAACUAACAAAGCCUGCUGUAGAGCUAGAGCUCCAGAAUGAACAUUGUUUGAGGACAAAACAGGGAAGCACUGCUGUGCAGACAUCAGUGAAUGGAUGCAUGGCGUGGGCGUCGAAAGAGCUAUUGGAUUUUGUUGCAUAUAUGAAGGAUGGUGAUACUUCUGCUAUAUCUCAGUUUGAUGUCCAGACACUUUUGCUCGACUAUAUUAAGAAAAAUAAUCUUCGAGAUCCUCGACGGAAGAGUCAAAUAAUUUGUGAUUUAAGGCUCAGAAGCCUUUUUAGUAAGCCAUGUGUUGGCCACAUAGAAAUGCUGAAGCUUCUCGAGUUUCACUUUCUGAUAAAGGAGGAUUCAGAGAAGAGUGCUUUUAUACCAGCUGGAAUUGUUGGAACAGUGACUAGCCAUGUAGAACCUGAUGAUAGCAAUGACAUCUCUUCAUCUAAAAAACGUAAAAGUCGUAAAAAUGGUGAAGUAAAAAUGUCCCAGAUUAAUCUUGAUGAAUAUGCUGCAAUUGAUGCUCACAAUAUAAAUUUCUUAUAUUUACGGCGUGAUUUGAUGGAAAAUCUCGCUGAAGAUGUGGAGAAGUUCCAUGCCAGAGUUACUGGCUCAGUUGUCCGCAUAAGAAUACCUGGUAAUGAUCAGAAACAGGAAAUUUACAGGCUUGUCCAUGUUGUAGGUACAUGCAAGACAUCUGAACCAUAUAAGAUCAGAGAUAAGACAGUUGAUGUACUACUUGAAGUAUUGAACUUAGACAAGAAAGAAACCAUAGCUAUUGAUACUAUUUCAAAUCAAGAUUUCUGCGAGGAUGAAUGCAGAAGAUUACGUCAGAGUGUAAAGUGCGGGCUUGUGAAAAAGCUUACUGUAGGUGCGAUACAGAAGAAAGCUAUGGAACUCCGGGCAGUAAAACUCAAUGAUUCCCUGGAAGCGGAGAUAUUGCGCCUCAAUAAUCUUCGUGAUAGAGCAAGUGAAAAGGGGCACAAGAAAGAGCUCAGAGAAUGUAUAGAGAAGUUAGAGCUUCUGAAGACACCUGAGGAGCGCCAUCGGAGGCUACUGGAGAUUCCAGAAGUGCAUUCUGAUCCAAAGAUGAACCCAGAUAAUGAAUCUGAAGGAGAUGAUGGAGAACACAAUGACAAGAGAAAAGUUGAACAUCUGGCACCAAGAUGCACUAGAUUAAGUAGAAGCAAACUUAUAUCUUCAGGGAGUCGAGUUAAAGAAGAGGGAUCUAUCAUUGCUCGAUGUAGGAUGAGUGGGAAAAAAGAAGCUUGUGGAACUAAUAUCUUGGACAAGCAAGGAAAUCAACAUACUGUUGAACCGGCUGUGGAUAGGUCUGGAUCUGAAACUUCAAUUGCUAGUCUCUCUACGGUGAAUUCAUCAUCCAUUAACAGUAGUGAAACUGACAAAUUGUGGCAUUACCGAGACCCUGCCAAACGAAUACAAGGACCAUUUUCCGUGAUGCAGUUGAGGAAAUGGAAUACAUCAGGGCUUUUUCCUCCUGAUAUGAGGAUAUGGACAAAUCAUGAGCAUGAAGACUCAGUACUUUUAACUAAUGCACUAAAGGGGCUUUACCAUAAAGAAUCUCAAGUGCCUGAUAAGACAUCAAGCCAGUCACAGGAACCAACUGGCUCGGAUAUUAGAACUAGUGUUAGGUGGUCUGAGAGUGCUACUGGCUCAGGGGGAGAAUGUGGAAAGAGAGAGGCACCUGGGAACCUCCAUAAUGCAAAUUACUGUUCAAACGGUAACACUGAGUUUAUGAGGAUGAAUGGAUUGUCCCCUUCUUUUCCGCAAUGCUUGGAGUCAUUGAAGGGAAAUAAUUCUUGUUCUGACAAACCCCAACUGUGGAGUUCCCCUUCAUCUAGUCAGCGGGAGGUGAUUUUAGCUCUUCCACGUCAGGCAAAAGGACAUGAAAAUGAUAAUUAUCGUUCUGUUGCAGAUUAUGGAACUCAGAAUUCACAUAAAAGCACAUUGUGCCAUGCACAAUCUAACAGUCGGAAUUUAGGUCCAUCUUCUGGUCAGAACCAGAAAUCUUUUACCAGCAAUAAAUGCUCAAUUAACCUGGAUUCUGGAUCUAGUUUUGCUUCUGCUACCAAAUCAAGUGAUUCAUUUGAACAGAAAGGAGAAAUGAAUCUCCCAGACCUACCUAGUCCUACUCCAGAGACGAGUUAUGGUGACCUUGAAGCUCAGGCUGCUGAGAAGCUGCUUUUGUUGAGUUCAGUUAUUCCUGUUUGUGGUUCAGAUAUUCAUGAUUUGCCAAGUCCUACUCCUAUUUCAAACAGUGAAGCUCAAAGCGGGCAUGCAGCUGAAAAUAAAGAAUCUGGUCCGUCAAGUCUUCCCGACAGUGAAGCUCAAGGUGGUCAUGCAGGUGAAAAUAAAGAAUCUGGUUUGUCAAGUCUUCCCGACAGUGAAGCUCAGGGUGGGCAUGCUGGUGAAAAUAAAGAUUCUGGUCCGUCAAGUCUUCCUGUUCAGGAAUCAGGCCAAAGGUGGAGCAUUGCUUCUAGUCCAGUGGUUGGUGGGCCCCAACUUCAUGAAAUAGCUGAUGAAUGGGGUAGAAAUUCACCAGCUGCAAAACCAUCUACUGAAGAAUGGGAUUGUAGUCUUGUCUCUGUUUCCUCACUGAAACCGUCUGACACUGUGGGUGAUCAUGUUGCCACACCACCUUCAAAUACCGACCAAUUUACUGCAAAACCAUCUACUGAAGAAUGGGAUUCUGGUCUUGUCUCCGUUUCCUCACUGAAACCAGCUGAAGCAGUGGGUGAUCAUGUUGCGACACCUGCUUCAAAUGCCGACCAACUUAAUCAUACUUCCCCAUCUCAUCCAGUGUCAAACUUUUUUGGUGAGCGUAUAGAGUUCAGCACUUUGGCUGAGGAAUCAGUGUCAGACCUUUUGGCUGAAGUUGACGCCAUGGAAUCUCAAAAUCAAAAUGGUAUGGGUUCUCCUACUUCUGCUAUGAGGUGCAGUGAGGAGAUGAUACCUGGUUGCAAAACUGAUUGCUUUAGCCCGAUUGAGGAGCUGAGUCGUACACAUGAUCCUGUAAGAAGUGAUUCCUUGAGCUCCUCAGGAGAUCUACAACUACCUUGUCAAUCUACUGUGGCGGAUGAAACAGUUGGUGCAUCUCGAGCUGAUGCUUUUGAUCCAUUAAGGAGGUGUGGUGGAAAUUCAUCUGUGAGUAGUGAGGGAGAAAACAAGUCGGCUGAUGUUUUGUUUUCUCAGGGGGUUGUUGGGUCUGGUAUACCUGCACCCUGUACCACGAGUCAAACUACUGCAUUUUCUGCAAUGGGUAGGAGUGCUGUAUUUGAAGGUAUGGCCAAUGGCCGUGGAGCAGCACCAGGAAACCCUAGUUGGGGUGGACCAGUUCAGGGAUAUGCAAAUGUUGGUUUUGGAAGCAGCAUGGGAGCUGCAUGGGGAAAUUCUCAUAUGAAUCGAGGCGUGCCUUUCACUGGGAAUCCAGUGUGGGAUAGCCAGCGGAGAUAUGCAGGGGAAAGGUCUGGUGGUCCAAGAGACUGGGCUCUUCAAGGAGGAGAGUCGGGAUUUGGUAGGGGUAGGCCUUCUUGGAACAGACAGCAGCCAUAUGGUGGUGGAGGAUACUCUAGGCCUCCUCCCAAAGGUCAGCGAAUUUGUAAAUUUUAUGAGAGUGGGCGUUGCAAGAAGGGGGCGGCAUGUGACUAUCUACACCCAUGAAAAAGGUGUAAAUUGAAGGCAAUUGCUUUCAUUUUGUAUAAUCAGAAAUUCUUUUUCUAGUAAGAAAUUGACAUGUAGCUAAAGUGUUACCCCCUAUAACUUGACUGAAAAGUUUCAGUUAAAAUAUGGCUGAUUGCAAUUUUUUCUUCCGGACCCAGUGUGUUUAAGUAUCGACUCGGAGGACUUUGCCACAUGUACAAGCUGCAGUAGUGAACUUAUAGCGAUGUUCUGCUUUUUGAAUGGCUAAGCGUUACGGAUUAAUUUGUCAUUAUAAACUUGAA